AUGAGCUUCCACGAAUCUGCUUCCCACAUCGAGCUUGUGGAUGGCCAUAUCCUCAGGGCUCUUCUUCGCACUGAGAAUGGUGAUGAGGAGGAGUCCACUAUCGAUCUCGAUCACCACAUUGGAAACGACAAUGGACACUUCCACUGGGAUGGCGGUGACUUCCACGCCAGUGCCGAAAAUGUCAGAUUCGACCGCGAAGGAGAAUAUGGCGUCCCUGUCCUCCGGGCUGUAUUGCGCGACGUCGAUGGCGAGGGACACGAUGCGGAUAUCAACCUGUCCGAGCGCAUUGGGAAUGAUAAUGGACGCUUGGUCUUCAACUAG